AUUAUUCAUUAAUGAUUUUCAGAAUCUCCAGGUCCUGCUUUUCGAGUAUAUCUGUCAAAUUACCAUCUUUCAAAGUGCAUCAUUUGGAACUCGACCAACUCCCCCAAACAGCCACCACAACAUCAGCUGAAUUGCUCGCAUAUUAUAAGAGUAUGCAAUUGCAAAGACGUAUGGAAAUUGCUUGUGACAAUCUCUACAAACAGAGAUUGAUUAGAGGUUUCUUGCAUUUGGCCGAUGGUCAAGAAUCAAUUUAUGAAGGAUUACAUGCAGGAUUAACAUUCGAUGACUGCGUUAUCACAGCCUACAGAGAUCAUUGUAUCGCAUUGCUCAGAGGUGAUACUCCUCAUCAGAUUAUUGCCGAAAUGAUGGCAAAACAAACAGGCAGCACAAAGGGUAAAGGAGGAUCAAUGCAUUAUUACAAAAAAGCCACCAAUUUUUAUGGUGGCCACGGAAUUGUGGGUGCUCAAAUUCCAUUGGGAACAGGAUUGGCAUUUGCUUAAAAAGUAUCUCAAAAAGCCAAAUGUGACUUUGAUCAUGUUUGGUGAUGGAGCAGCCAAUCAAGGAUA